CAAACACCGCCGGCCUGCCAUGGCGCGACUGCCGGACAAGAUUCCGGCGAGCCAAUUCAACGCCGCCCUAUCCUUCAUACAACAUAUCAAAGCCGGCCUCGCGUCCAGCCAGACCAUCCACGCAGAGCUCCUCCACCUCCUCGCGUGCUUGGGCAGGGGCGAGACCGCCGACACCCACGCCGUCCUGGCCAGGGCGGACGCCAUCCUCCGGGGCCAUCCCGACCUCCUCCAGCGCUUCGACGCCUUUCUCGGCCGUCCCAGCCACCACCAAGCUGCCAAACCCGUCCGUGAAGACCCUGUCGCCGCCGCGCCGCCGCCGAAGCGGCCCAAGAGGGAGCACCGCCGCACGGUCGCCGAGUGCGCCGGGCCCAUGCGGUUCUUGGAGCGGGUGAAGAUGGCGGACGCCGGACUCUACGACAUGCUCCUGGUGCUUCUGUUCAACGUGGAGAUGGAGGGGACGCUGAACGCGCAUCAAAUCUACGCGAAGGCCCUCGAGGUUUUCGGCUCCGCCGACAGCCCUCUCCUCCGCGGCUUCACGGAGUUCCUGCCGCUGCCGACGGCCGGGCGUGACUUUCUGACGCGGCGCCGCGCAAAGGAGGAGCCGGAGCACGGACCGAAGCGCAAGGCCGUCCCCGCCGGCAAGCCGAGCCCGAGCGCGGCAAAGAAACCCCGCGCCGACCACGACCGGAAGACGAAGAGCGGCAGUGUCUCCGCGUUUAGGGACGCGUGGGAGUUCGAGACCACCUACUCGAAGCUGGCGGUCACGCUAAGACGCACCGAGAAAUCCCUGGAAGAGCUCGAGCCAAGGAAGGAGUCGCCGGAAGAAGUCGAGCCGGAGGCGGCGCCGGGACACCAUGGGCGGCCGCGCACGCUGGAGCAACUCUACCCUGGCCGCGAGUGCCAGGAGGUCCUCCAGGAGAUGUAUGGCGGCAUGUGGGGGCAGAUGCGGGUGGCGCUCGAGGACGGCGCGCGCACCGAGGUGGCGCUGCGGACGAUAUUGCGCAGGCUGACGAAGCUGGAGCAGGUGGCCGUGAAGAUGGCGAUGGGGCGGCGCGAUCCCGCCCGCGUCGAGGCCCGAGUGAAGCUGCUUGUCUUAGAGCGGCGGGAUGGCGCCCACGCCGAUGGCGGGAUGAACAAGCUUAAUGUAGAGUUGUAGCCUGACCGUGUGGUGGUUCUUCGAAAGGAGCGGCGGCACGUACAUUGUCGCGGUGACCCGGCCGUGCGUGCCACCGGCCGGCAUGUCGUGAAGUUGAAGACCAAGAUUAUCGUUGCUUUGAGACGUUAAUUUACUUUAGCUUUUUUUCAGUUUGGUCAGUCCAUUUCUUGGCCGUCGAUUUUUGCUCUGAGAUUUGUGCUGCAUUUUUCUACCUUUAUUGUUCGGAUUUGCUAUUUUACAGUCAACUGUUAUUCAAAUUCGUCAACAUUCAAAUCGCUGGCCAUCCGCUGUUGCGUGAAGAUUCGCGCUUGGCUGUCUGGUUUUCGGGCUUGUUUUUUCCGUCGGGUUCGGUUUUGUCCCAGCCCGUUACCGCUCCUCCCCCUCCCCUCUUCCAGUUUUUGUCCCCUUUCAUUUGAGCAGUGGAUGCGAGGAAGAUAGAGGAACAAGCGCUUGGGCAAUGGAUGCGAUUCCUUUCUGUUCAUGUCAAUUCCGAGAUCCCCCACCAGUGGAGCUUGAUUUCUCUCUCAUUUCUCUUGGAUUCUCGCCUCCUGAUGUUGGUUGGUCUCUCAAUUUCUCUCUCGAGCGCGUGAUUUCUGUUCAUUUCUCGGUGUGUAGCUUCCAGAUCUAGGGGUCAGUUGCUGAUGUGAUUUAGUUAGUGUUCGUGUUAGGUGUGUGUUGUGAUCCCAGGUCGU